CAAAGGUCCACUUUUUGGCCAAAAGAAAAAAAUUUACUCUCCAAAUGAAUCCGCUGUCACUCAUCACUUUCCUCAUACCUCUCCUCCAUGUCCUCCUCUCGUCCGCCAGCGCCGCUGGUUACAACGCCACAGACAUCAUACUCCUCGACUGCGGUGCAACUUCAAACACCACAUCACCGGAUGGCCGCAAGUGGGAGGCCGAUCCUCACUCUAAAUAUUCCCCCUUCAACAACCCAAACGCAUCGUUUUCUUCGGAUGCCUCCCGCCAAAACCCCUCUGUUACCCGAGUUCCCUAUGGCUCUGCACUUAUCAUUCGCUCUAAGUUCACCUUCAAAUUCCCAGUACUUCCCGGUCCAAAGUUCCUCCGUCUCUACUUCUACCCAGAAACAUACGCCGGUCUUGACCCAACUACCUCCUUCUUCUCUGUCACCGCCAAUGGGUACGCCCUCUUGAAUAACUUCAGUGCUUCUUUAACGGCUCCCGCCAUGGUUCCUCCUGCGGCCUCCUUGAUCAAAGAGUAUGUUGUGCCAGUCUGGGACAACCAGAUGCUUAAUGUAACCUUUACCCCAUCACCGAGAUCUUUCGCUUUCAUUAAUGCCAUCGAAAUUGUUUCCUUGCCAAGCGGCCUUUAUGCAAACGGUAGUGAAAUCCCACUCAUGCCUGCAGAACUUGGCAAUUCAUUAACUUUGGAUAACACCACUGCCCUCGAGACUAUGUACCGUCUCAAUGUUGGUGGAAGUCAAAUUGAGAGCAAUGAGGACACCGGAAUGUACCGGACAUGGCGUCAAGAUGAUUAUUAUCUGGUUGCAUCAAGCUGGGUUGUUGCUAAUAAGUUAUCGGAUUCACUGAUUAAAUAUACCCAAGACACACCGGAGUACACUGCACCAAAAGAAGUUUACACUACCUUCCGUACAAUGAGCGGUGAUCCUUCGUUUAAUCUGAAAAAUAAGAUUACCUGGAUCUUCACUGUCGAUGCAGGGUUCUACUACCUCAUCAGGCUUCAUUUCUGUGAGCUCAUUGUUUCCUCGUAUAAUCAAAUUGUUUUCGACAUAUUCAUUAACAAUCAAGUGGCGAAGGAACUGGUAGAUGUAUUUGAAGAGGCGAACGGCUCUGGGAUUCCGAUUCAUAAAGAUUAUAUCGUUUUGGUCGAGAACGGAGAGAAAGCGAAGGAACUUCGGCUAGAUCUGCAGCCUGAUCUAGCAUCAACGGCAGUAUAUGCCAAUGCUUUCUUGAACGGUUUAGAGAUUUUCAAAUUGAAUCGAACUGAUGGUAGCCUAGCAGGGCCAAAUCCUGAUCCAAUCCCUAGUCCUCAACCACCAGAAUCGCUGCCGAGGAGUCCAAAAAGCAAUGAAAAAUCAACAAUUUUGCCUAUCGUUGGAGCUAUCCUCGGUGGUUUUGCUCUGUUUUCUCUCCUCCUAAGCUUGUUUAUUUUCCAGAGAAGAAGGAAACUAAAAGACUCUUCGUCUUUCACAUCAGUGUUCUCUACCACAAAAAGAUCGUCCUCGCUACCGUCCGAUCUCUGUCGUCACUUCUCAAUAGCCGAGAUCAAAGCUGCCACGCAAGAUUUUGAGGAUACGUUUUUAAUUGGAAGAGGAGGAUUUGGCAACGUUUACAAAGGGAUUAUCAAUGAUGGAACCGCCACCAUUGCAAUCAAACGUUUAAACCCUUCAUCAAGGCAAGGGGCCCAUGAGUUCUACACCGAAAUCGCCAUGCUUUCGAAUCUUCGACACAGGCAUCUUGUUUCUCUAAUUGGAUACUGUGAUGAUCACGGCGAGAUGAUCCUGGUGUACGAUUACAUGGCACGUGGCACACUCCGCGAUUAUCUUGACGGAACCAAGAAUCUCUCAUUAUCAUGGAAACAACGGCUGGAGAUCUGCAUUGGGGCAGCGCGUCCUACAACCACAUCCGAGACCCACGUCAGCACCAUGGUGAAAGGUAGUUUUGGGUACAUAGAUCCAGAGUAUUAUCGCUUGCAGCGACUGACUGAGAAAUCUGACGUGUACUCUUUUGGUGUGGUCUUGUUUGAGGUGCUGUCUGGUAAGCCACCGAUCUUCCAAGGCCUGUCAGAGGAGAAAGUGGGCCUAGCCCGAUGGGCCGGUAAUUGUUAUAAAAAUGGAAGCCUUGAUGAAAUCGUGGACCCAUAUUUGACAGGUCACAUUACGCCGAUGGCCUUACAGAAGUUUGGUGAGGUCGCAGAGAAUUGUGUGCGCGAACGUGGAAAUGAACGGCCAACAAUGAGGGAGAUCGUGGGGGCAUUGGAGUUUAUAUUGCUGCUUGAGGAAACCAUAGAGGAAAACUCGAACAGCAGCGAUGCUAUCAUCACCAAUGAGCAUUCAAGUGAGAAUAUAAUAAAAUCUCAAUCCACAUCAAUCGAAUAAUUAAUAGUCAAUUAAGAAAUUAGUUAAUGGUAUUUCUUAAUAGUUACUAGUAUGAUUUUUACUCAAAAGUUGAUUAAGAAAUACCUGUUAGUAGACGGUAUGUUAAAUUUAGCCGAACGUGUGAUUAGUUAUCUGUGAGAGAGUGCAUAAGACUGCUGCUUGUUGAUUGUGUGAUUGGCGUUGGUUGUUGAUGCCAUUGUGUGUAAUAGGCAUGUGUGCACCCAGUUAAAAGCCUUGUUUUUUCCCCACCUUUUAUUUUUU